AUGUUCAACGCCGAGUUCCGAAUACUCGAGGCGAGGAUGCAUUGUAUCACUACGCUGCGGACUGGUCUGGCCGCUGGAACAAGUGGCCCCAUGCCGGUCAACUCUUGCUUCAGCAACCGCGGCGGCACCAACUGGAGCGGUUUCACCAACGACGCUGUAUUCAGCUUCCGCAUCAGCGGUGGCUGCUGCCGCUUCUACAGAGACGCUGACUGCCAAGGCGGUCCGAUGUUCACCGAGUGCAACGUCAACGUCCCCAGCAUCCACGACAAAUAUGGUCAGUUCAACGACCAGCUGAGCAGCAUUUUCUGCUACUAG